AGGUACUGAGAAGAUAAUAUUAACCAUCUGAUUUUCCAUUCAAAUUUGAAUAACUCCUUAUUUUACUUUUAACCAUUCAUUCUAUAGUCAUUAAUUGAAUGGUUAGGAUUGCUUGAUCACUGUGAUUAUAGAUAUGCUCAAUCCACAACCAAAUGUGUAACUUUACAGCCACAUGACCAGACGUACUUAUUACGUUGAAGGGGAAACAACUAACAUCACGUAGACAACGCUGCGGCCAUGUUUCCUUCACGGAAUCUCACGCUUCGGUAGGCAACAAGAAAAGCACCAGCCAGCCAUGCAGACACGACUAACAUGCUGUUCCCUCCAACUGCCAAUGACAUCUUGUCAUUUGUCAUCCUGGCCAUCUUCUAAGGAACGGUGAGAUGAAAGGUGAUGGCAUGUAGUAGGAAUUUGGUUGUAGGGGCUAGUGCUAGAAAGAGAGGGGUGCCAACUUCACCUAGUCUUCCUCAUCCUUUUUCUUCACUCUCAUUCUCAUCUAUCUUCUUCCUCUUUAGAGGGAGAGAGAGCUUCCUUGAAGGAGAGCAAUAUGGGGAACUGCCAGGCAACAGAUUCAGCUAUGGUGGUGAUGCAUCACCCGGGUGGAAGAGCAGAGAGGAUGUAUUGGCCGAUAAGCGUGAGCAAGGUGAUGAGAAGUAACCCAGGUCACUACGUCGCACUCGUCACCUUUUGUCAACUAGAGGCGGGGAGAAACGAGAACAACAGCGUGCAUGUGAAGAUCCUUCGGCCAACGGAUACACUUCUUAUAGGCCAAGUUUAUCGGCUUGUGACAUCUCAAGAGGUUAUGAACGAUUUGUGGGAAAAGAAGUACUGGAGGAUGAAGAAGAAGGAAUCAGAUUCAGAGAAGCAGCAGCAAAGGAUAAGUAGGAGCUUAGAAUGUUUGAAGGAAGAAAGCAAAAGGAGCUCUGAAUGGGAGAAGAGUAUUAAGGAGGCAAAACAAGAGCGGCAUCAACCAAAGACAACACAGUGCAUCAUGAGGUCGAAAAGACAAUGGCGUCCAUCAUUACAGAGUAUCUCUGAAGUCGGAAGCUGAUGUCAUAAUCUUUGAAUGGACGACAGACAGAUGAAUUGAAAGAUAGAUAGUCUCACCUUGAUGUUGAACCAGUCUAAAUGGUUCAAACACGGAAAAUAGAAGGACAAUGCAAUGGAUGAGGCCUAGCAUUGUCAGGUAUCCCAUAAAUAAUUUCGAGCAGUUGUAAACCAGAAGAACUUCACUUGAAUGCAAUCCUUGUGUAAUGCCCAAAAUAAAUAAAAGGAACAGAUCAGAUGCAGUUGUAAUCACCUACUAUGUUGAAAGGAAAUAAGCAUUGGUACCAUGAUACAUAAUCAGUGAAUGAUAGGGU